CAACUUGCCAUAAAUAUUUGAAAAUUUCAAAAUCAAUAAAUUCUAUGCUGCAAAAUCUGGGAUGCAUUACGGAAAGUUUAAAUUAUCGAACAGAAUUCAAUUGUUUCUGAAAUUACUGCCGGACUGCCAUUUAUAUUGUUAUAACCGUUACUCAUCAAAAAUGUUCAAUCACGCGAUCAAAGUCAAUCCCAUCAAUGAGUAUAAUCAUCAAAAUGUUGUUGCAAAAACGGGAACUGAAGUCGUAGAUAAGAACAGUAUCUUGGCAGAGAAAUUGAGGGAUUGUAAAACUCAAAUGACAAACUGUAUGGAUCCAAUUAAGAAAUAUGAAUACUUAUCCAACAUGCGGGAUAACAAUAUCGAGUUGUAUUAUCAUUACGCCUGCAAUAAUACGGUUGAGGUAUUUUCAGUCUUCCAUGCAGUCGAUUUAAUCAUUGACAAUUUUUAUCUAAUGGGCCAAGUUAUUUUUAAUCAGAUCAUCAAAAAAUUGGAAAUUUCCAGUGAUGUAGACCAUCUACGUAACCGUGUCAAUGACCACAAGGAACCAGAAUUUCAAAUUGCUGCUGAAUGCGCUUCAAAUUCCAAAAAUAUCAAAAUAAUUCCGCUCUUAAAAGAUGUGUCACCAAUACCAAACAGCAAAUAUCAUUAUAUGAUAUAUCUUCAAACGAAAUAAACAAAAAUAAUUAUCUUCAUAUACAUA